AUGAUGGCACCAACCUUGCUCAAGAAAGCCAGUCAACAAUUCGUUCGUCUUUCGUCCUGCGAUUCGAAGACUAUCAUUGAAGCAUCUCCAGGAUCCGAAUUGAAUGUUGUAGACGGAUCAGAGGCGCAAACUUCGUGGAAGUUUCGCACUGGCGGUUCAAAAAGAUGGGCACCUUUUCGGGGUGCCUUCAAGAAUAUGAGAAAAAACGCACGCAGUCGUGCCGAACUAUCCAAAGAUGCUCAUGACUUCGCCGAGGACCAAGCCAAAAACCAUUUACUUUUCAGAUCUGUCCCAAGACUGGAACGUGGAACGAGAAGUCCAGAGGCAAAGGAAGUAGUAACACGAAAGUUGGGGUUGCAUCCCACGGCUAUGGCAUCAAACUCUACUUUGGUAAUCCGAAACUCGCCAAAACGAGCACGAAGCUCUUUACAGCUGGUCAAUCCUACUCCUUCCAGUGGACUAAUCACUCCGCCCUCUUCUGAGGCAAGCGAUACAGUCACAACAGCCGAUGAAAGGUCCACAGCGAAAACGCGAAAUCCAUGGACCCGCUCAAGCCCUGAAGGCCGCGCUCUCAGUACUAUUCCUGAAGCCGGUGUUGUUCAGGCUCGACCUACCAUUGCAACUGUAGAGAGGGCAUCCGCCGCCAAGAUUUUCCUAGAGACUUACUUCAAUGAACUUCUCUAUAAACCAAAUGCAAGAUCUUUGCGGGGCCAGUGUCUCGAGUCUCAAUUGUGCAACUAUUUGCUAAUGACACCGGAAGAGAAGGAGAAGAUUCGGGUGCAAUACAGAAGGCAGGAAACGUGCCAUCUCAGAGAGUCGAGGGCAAUGAGGGCAGGUUCUUUGGCUUACCAUGGAAACCAGGACUCCUCCCCCUUGGUCAAUAACUACGAGCCACUUCAAAUUCUGGGCAAAGGCAGUUUUGGAGUAGUAAGACUGGUGCGUGAAAAGCCUGCCCCAGGGCAUGCUUUCCCCGGCCAAGUCUAUGCUAUGAAAGUCAUUCGAAAGACAGAAAUGCUACGGAACAGCCAAGAAGGCCAUUUGCGGGCUGAGAGGGAUUUUCUUGUGGCUUCUGAAGGAUCACAGUGGGCUGUUCCACUGAUUGCCAGCUUUCAAGACACAACGAACCUCUAUCUAGUGAUGGAGUACAUGCCUGGCGGCGAUUUCCUCGGAUUGCUCAUUCGGCAAAACAUUCUACAGGAACCCAUUGCACAAUUUUACAUCGCAGAGAUGAUCCUUGCUGUUGAAGAGGCCCAUCGUUUGAACUUUAUUCACCGUGACAUAAAACCAGACAACUUCCUCAUAUCCGCAACUGGUCAUCUGAAAAUAUCCGACUUUGGGCUAGCAUUUAAUGAUCACUGGUCCCACGACGCAGCAUACUAUAAUACUCAUCGAUAUUCCUUGGUCCGAAGACUAAAUAUUAACAUAAAUGGUGACGAGACGGAUCAAAAAGGCAAUAAGGAUCUCCUGAAACAUCUUGAGUGGUACCAGUCUCUUGUUUCUGGACUUGACAGGCACGGGAAACAUCCAUUGGCGAGUAACGAGGAUUUGCGAAGUCUUAUCGGUUGGAGAAACCGGCACGGUAACCGCACUGCUGCGCGUUCCGUCGUUGGUACCAGUCAAUAUAUGGCUCCUGAAGUCGUUCUUACAGAAGAAGGACGCAAGCAGACGAAACAAAACAUCGUUGACUUCAAGAAGAACUUCCAUUUUCCGCCCAGGCCAUUCGUAAGCGACAAGUGCAAAGAUCUCAUCUGCCGCCUGAUUCAAGAGAAGGAUAUUCGGCUGUGUUCAAGGAGGUAUCAGGUCAAAUACCGGGAUUCGUUCAAAAGCUAUGUGUUUCCCGAUGAUGCGGAAGAUAUCAAAGCGCAUAGGUGGUUCAGAAACACGCCCUGGGAUCGCCUACAAUCAAUGCCUCCUCCAUUCACUCCGAAUCUGAAGAGUGAUGACGAUGCACAUUACUUCGAUGAAUCUGAACCGUUUGAAGACUGGUCUGAGUCGAUACCCUCGGGCGUCUUUCUCAGAUCGGAAGAUGUCAAGGAGAUACUUUUUGGAUUUGACACACAUGUGCAAGCAAAGGCUAUGGAGCUAAUCAAAAUCCCGUUCGACGCGGCCAAGCUUCGAAGCAUAGACCGUGAUAUUGAUGCAUCAAAGGAACUUCAGCCGAACGACAAGGCUACACUGAAGCAGUUUAUUAGAUUUUAUGGCCAUAAAGAGCGCAAACGACCAAGAGACAUGUUGCUCCGGGACAAGGAUACCAAAAAGACUUCAUUGAGAAUUCGAAAAGAGACGGCUUUCAUGGGCUACACCUGGCGCCGGAUGAGACCUGGUGGAUAUAUCGAUCCAAAAGUAACGGAGAUUCCUAAAACGGACGAAAGCCAGGCAUCGACACUGAACAUUGAGCGUUGA